AUGUUAGUUUGGAAGGCAGAUAAAUAUGAACAGUCAAAGGAAAUAGAAGCAACCCUGACAGAUUGCCCACGGCUCCAGGUCAAACCAAAGCGAAAAUGCGGAACCCGGCGUGAUUUUUACUUCAACUGCGGUUUCCCUCAGAGCACACGAAAAAGCGAAUCGCCCAGGACAUGUGCAAACCAAGACGGCGACCUUACGUGCUUGAAACGCAGAUCCGAGGCGGACGAGUUUUGUGGGACUCCACGACGGGACGCUUCAGCCCCCACGGCUUCUCACCCGCCUCGCACCUCCCCUUCCUGCUUUAGUGACACUGGAACUAAACCUCCAGAGAGUGGUAUCUUUGGUUUUAUGAUUAAUAUUUCGGCACUUUUAGCUGUAAUUACAAUGUACAUCAGAUAUUUAUUAAUAGAGAAGCAAAAUGAGUCGUCACACUUUGUUAGGUCUUCAUGCAACAUGUUUUCGUUAUGUAUUGGAUUGAUGGGCUGUAUUGGAAUGGGCAUAGUUGCAACUUUUCAGGAGCUGUCUGUUCCCAGUGUCCAUGACAUAGGCGCUUUGGUGGCAUUUGGCUCGGGUGUUGUAUACAUUACACUUCAGUCCAUAAUCUCUUACAAGUCCUGUCCACAAUGGAACACUUACUUUGUGUGUCACAUAAGGAUGGCCAUAUCUAUAAUAUCAUGCAUUGCUUUCAUUCCCAUGAUUGUGUUCGCUUCAAAAAUAUCCAUGACAAAAAUUGAUUGGACUCCAGAUGAAAAGGAUUAUUCUUACCAUUUUGGGAGUGCAAUCUGUGAAUGGACAGUGGCCUUUGGUUUUAUCUUCUUCUUUUUAACGUUCAUUAGAGAUUUUCAGAGAUUUUCUUUAAGGAUAUCAACAGAAAUACAUGAAGACUCCUGAUAGUGGAGAAAAUUAUAUUUUAUAUACAGGAAUACUCUAGGUUUCUUUUUACUUAUAGAGUAUGUUGCAGAGGGACAGGGAUUUAAAAAGGUGUAUAAAGAACCCAUGCCGUUAACUCUGCAACAUCUACAACAGCAACCACUAAAACAUUUCAAAAACUCACAGCAAUGUUCCUGCUACCUUUUUUGCAACAUUUUGUAAUUUUUAUACUGUUUGAUGUAUUAAAAAAUACUGUAAUA